AUGGCACCAUUCCGCUUCGAGUUCCAGUGCAAGCAGGAGCGGGAAGCGCUGGCGAGCCAAUCUGUGGGACAGACGGCAUUGGAUCAUGUCAUUACUGCAGUGGAGCUUUACAUGAAAGCCGUGCAAGAAGCCACGAGCCCGGUCGAACGAAGCCGUCUCCGGCGGAAAUGCAAGGAGCUCAUGGCACAUGGAGAGCGCCUCAAGGCGGCGGCAGCUCCGGUAGAAGCGGCCAUGUCGUCGUUGUCACUUAAAGGCGCUGCAUCGAGCUCGGAGCCCAAAGACCCCAACCCAAGACUGUCUCGGGAGCUGUCAAAAAAAGAGCAAAUCAUCCUCCUCCGAUCAUCUCGCCUUCAUGGAUCUCUGUUUCCGCCUUGGGAGACAGAACCACCGAACGAUAUGUUCAGCCUCUCUAAUUCGAGCAGCGCUCUUUACGAGGACAAUGUGGAAUUCUCCAUGUCAAAACAGCAAUACAAGGUGUUUGCAGGCUGGAGACGGCCAGCUGAACUUUUCCCAGAGCACAGCCAAGCCGACGAACAGCUUGCGCAAGACGCGCAAAGCAACAUGUUUAUGCUGGCAAACCAAGAACCCGACUUGGUACAGGACAUCACAACGGACUGUUCCGUCGUGGCGAGCAUAUGUGCAAUCGUAAGGCAUACAACGGGCCACAGCGACCGGCCAUCGCUGCUGUCAAAGAUUAUGUACCCGUACGACCACUCGAAUGACUGGCCUCUUCUUUCGGAGAACGGAAAGUACGUCUUCCGCAUGUUUUUCAACGGAGCCCCCCGCCGAGUGGUUGUGGACGAUAGGCUGCCGUCAUCGACAUCGCGAACGCUUUUUGUGGUUGACCGGCAAAACCCGACGCUGCUCUGGCCAGCACUACUGGAGAAGGCGUACCUGAAAGUGCAUGGCGGUUACGAUUUUCCCGGAAGCAACUCAGGAACGGAUCUCUGGGUCCUCACGGGGUGGAUUCCAGAACAGAUCUUCAUCCAGAGCAAAGAGGAACAGCCAGAUCUUCUCUGGGAACGCAUAAAAAAGGCUUACGACAGCGGAGACGUGAUGCUGACCUUGGGAACGGGCCGUCUUUCGGCCGAGGAAGAGGGACUCGGCCUCGCCGGCGAGCACGACUAUGCGGUCCUGGACAUACAGGUGGACAUGGCGGGCAACCGCCGGAUGCUUGUGAAGAACCCGUGGUGCGACAAUCUUGUGUGGCGCGGGAUUGGCAUCUCCCCAGAUGCGGCACUGCCUGAAGCGACCUCCUCGAGCACCGUUCCGACGGCGGCACCGAUGACGGGCACGUUCUGGAUAGGAUAUGAAGACAUCUUGCAGUACUACGAGACGCUGUAUCUGAGCUGGAACCCAAGUCUCUUUUCCCAUUGCCAGCACCACCACUUCAGCUGGACGCUUCCGUCCAAGGCGGCGGCACAUUCGCUCGCACACAACCCACAGUACGCGUUUCAGCCUGCCGACGACGGGACGGUGUGGAUUCUGCUGAACCGGCACUUUCAGGAUGCCGAUCUCGAUUAUGCGCGCCAGAAGCGAUAUUCAGAGCAAGCCGACAAGACGCCAGAGGAUGCGGCAGCCGGCCAGCCGGGAUACAUUGCACUCUACGUGUUCGCAGUCGACGGACAGCGGGUGCAGUUACCGGACCGACCGCGGUGGACGCACCGGGUUCCGCUGGUGGACUCGCCGCAGACGCUGCUGCGGUUUGAGGGCCGCCGGGCCAUGCGAUACACAGCCGUGGUAGAGCCGGCCGUGGAUGCGCUGGCCUACUACCAGGAGGUAGCGGACGAAUGGUCGAUGGAGACGGCCGGCGGCAGCGCAGCAUCGCCCGACUUUGUGCGGAACCCGCAGUAUGCCCUGACGGUGCCGACGGCGACGCCGCUGUCGCUGCUGCUAUGUGCCGAGAGCGACGACGUGCCGCUGCGCGUCGACCUGGUGUGGGCCCGAGGUCGUCGCGUGGCCUCUCUGGCGGUGCGCGAUCUGGUCGUCUCGUCGGGCGAGUACCAUCGCGGCUCGGCGCUGGCGCUGGUGAUGCCGCGAGGCGUGUCUGCCGGCAGCGUCCGUUCUGGUGUCGGCAGUAGCAUUGGCAGCAGCGGCAGCGCCGGAUUUGGGCCGGGGACCGUCGAUGCCGGCACCUAUACCGUGGUCGUGUCGACGUUUGAGCGCGGCCAGCAGACACGUCUUGUCCUGCGCGUGGGCUCGGCCGUUCCCGUGACCUUGCAGCCGAUCCCAGCAGAAGACUCGGGCAAGCUCCGCACCUCUCUCGAGUCGCUGAUGCUGAUGCUGGACGGCAGUGAUGACAAUGGCGAUGGUAACGGCAACGACGACGACAACACGCUGCGCUGGAAGGCCGUGAUGACAGCGCCACGGCUCAGCACGCGUGUCAGCCUGAUCGUGCAGGCCGUCGAGAGGGCAGCAGGUCGCACGUCGGGCACGGCCGCAGCCACGACCACAACAGCAGCUGCGGCGGCCGCGGCCAGCACGACACUCGUGCGAGUGUCGGUGGAGCGGGUGGCGACCAGCAGACGGGCCCGCGGCCACGAAGUGCUGGCAUCCACCGGCAACGGACAGCUACUGGCCAUUCCGGUGGCCGGACUGCGCAUCGGCGAGAUUAGCCUCGGAAGAGCCUCCUCGGCGGCAUACGAGGAAAGGCUGGGCAUCGGCGUGCCGACUGCGACGACCAAGGCAAUGCCCGAGUUCCGCAUCGUUGUCGAGGCCCGCAGCAGCUGCAGCGGACGGCGGCUGCAGCUACGGAACGUGGGCAUCCGGGUAGACGUCCUGAGCACCGAUCGGGUGCAGAUUCAGCCCUGGACAGCUGCAUAG